AUGUCUCAACCAACUCCUUAUCGAAGGGGCUUUAAUAGAUUCACCCUAGAGCCUGAAGUUGGACCUGUGGAGUUUGAGAUGGCUCUAGAUAUAGAAGAGCAGGCGCGUGCAUCAGAGCUAAACAAGCUGCAACUACGGGGCAGUUGGGGUGAGAUAGACCAUAACUCUGAUAAACAUGAGAGAGGACGAAAUGGCAGAAGUACACUCGUACUGGAGAACAAUCCCGAGCCCCUUUCACCGAGGAGACUCAGCCGUAUAUCACCAAACCCGGAAUUCAGAUUUCCUCCAGAGUCAUACUAUAAAAAUGUAACGGGAGCCGAGGACAUGGAUCCCAUGAAGAAAUCCCCUCAGCUCAGCCGGGAAAGCAUUGACAAUCAUGGUCAGCCACAGACACCGUCACCUGGAUACACUAGCAAAAGUGGCCAACGGUACUCUCAUCACCGUUUUAUAUCAGAAGCAGAAAGCUACACGGCGCAUUGGGAGAACAGUAUUCUCUAUGACAAGGACACAAACACGCGGGUAUCUUCGCCCAGUUUCUCCCAGCUGCGGUCAGGGUAUAGAUCGCCAUACUUAGGGCCGGUUGGUUGGACAAUACCAUCCAAAUACUAUAGUAUGACCAGAAGAAGUUCACGAAGAGCUCUGAACGCAAAGGAAGCUAGAAAUGGCGAAAAUCACAUUUCUUCUGUCGACCCAAACACCGGUUCACCCAGGGAAAGGGUUAGAAAGAGGAAUACACCAUACAGCUGUCGUGCGUCGAGGCCGUUCUUAAUAUAUCAAGAUCCAGAAUGGGUAGCUCCACCUCGCGGAGUUACGGACGCGUACUUCGACAGUACAGCAAGCGAUGACAAGGAGAACAGUGUGCCUGACGAAAUUGAAUUCGCCCAUGACGGUGACGUGCUUGUUGGCGAACGCAGCAUGGAAAUCCAAGUUGAGAGGCCAACAGAAGCAAACGGCAGCAAUGGUGAUGGAGACGAUGAGAUGGAUAUCGAUGGUAAUGAAUUUAGAAUUACCCCAAUUCGGCCAGCAAGACAGGAGGAGCCACGAUAUCGACAUCGAAGAAACACUAGCUCUAUGUCUUCCUCUUCGAUAUUUUAA